UAAAAAUAACAAAAAUAAAGUAAUAAUGAAAGUAUUAAAAAGUGUUAUGAAUUAAUCAAAUCAUAUGUUUUUGUUUGAUUGAAUGAUUUGACAACACAUGCGGUGUUUGGACAACAAUAACACGAAAAUUGAUGGCCAGUAGUAAUCAGCGGAAGACAAGGACAACGACGGCGGCGGUACCAACAAUAGUGGACAACAAUAGUAACAGCGAUCACCAUAUAAUUGAUGCCCAAAUCAAUGAACAGUUCAAUACAUUACAGCUGAUCAUCGAUGAUGACGAUGAAGAUAAUGAUGGACACAAUGUCAUCAACAAUAACAACAACAAUAACACCGCCGCCACCAGCGGUGGACACAAUCGACCGCAACAACGACAACAACAUCAACAGCAAACAAAUGUAGCAAUCAAUAGCAUAUCAUCGGGUGUGGUAUCGAUGGUCAACAACAAUACCAUUGCCGCUGCCGUCGACACUGAACUUCCCAAUCAAAUCAGUUACGGCUUUCUGGACGAAUCUCUUGACAAUACUGACUCGGCUUCGCUAAACUAUACGGAACUGACCAGCAGUUUGGACACAAGUUCACUGAAUCAAAGUCAACGAUCGGAUGUCUGGCGUAUGAACUAUAACGAGUCGGCCAUAUAUCUGGAGGAAGGUUUCAACAACGAUAAGUUCGAUCAUCACCCGAAAUCCCGACAAUCACUUCCAGCCUAUCUGGUUGUUCACAAUCAUUGGUUUUAUUCCUUGGAUUUUAUCGCCGCUCUUCUACUACUAUCGUUGGCACUCUUCGAGAAGCCGGCCAUCAAUGGUCUCAAAGUCAAUGAAGGAAUUCACGCAUCACUAGAACUGUUAGCCCUGUCCAUAGUGGCCAUCGAGUUGGCCAUGAAAUACCGAUGGAUGCGUACCGCCCAUUUCCUACGACAUACCCGUACGGCCAUCAAAUCGGUUGUACUGUUGAUAAUGAUAUGCGAAGCCCUAGUUGUAUUGAUUAGACGGGACUCGCAUUUUCGUGUUACCCGAGCAUUGCGUCCGGUAUUUUUGAUUGACAAUCACUACUGCGGAGGAAUACGCCGUUCGUUGCGUCAAAUCCUUCAAUCGUUGCCCCGUUUUAUCGAUAUGUUGUUCCUAUUGUUCUUCUUUAUGCUUGUGUUUGCCAUUCUUGGCUUUUAUAUGUUUUCACCCAAUCCUUCAGAUCCGUAUUUUUCAACUAUUGGCCAAAGUUUUGUCAGUCUAUUUGUUUUGUUGACGACUGCAAAUUUUCCCGAUGUUAUGAUGCCUUCGUAUAAAAUGAACCGAAUCUCUAGUGUUUUUUUCAUAGCAUUCCUUAUAAUACACGUGUAUUUUUUGAUGAAUAUCAUGUUAGCCGUAGUUUACGAGGCAUUUAACCGAAUAGAAAAAGAAAAGUUUCGGAAACUAUUGCUUCACAGACGCCGGGCCUGUAAACUGGCCUUCAAUUUGUUGGUCACCCAGAAGUUGCCGCAAAAGAUAUCCUACAAACACUUCGAAGGACUCAUACAAUACUAUAAGCCAUCGGUUAGCCGAUUGGAUACAUAUCUUAUGUUCAAAACAUUGGACACCAAUCGGUCGGGUUAUAUAACACUCGACGAGUUCUACGAUGUCUACGAAGUAUCUGAACUCCAGUGGCAGCCAAACAAUGAUUCCGGCGAAUGGUUUACCAAUAUUGACAACAAAUGGCUGAAAACUGUUUGCCGAAUGGUCUACAAACUGGUUGGACACAAAUGGUUUGAAGCUGCUGUCUACUCAAUGAUAGCCGUAUCGGCAAUCUAUCAGUUAGUCGAAGCCAUUGUCAGGAGUGCAUCCCAUCAACAAAAACAACAAUUACUUUACUCGACACCACUKUCACUGAUAUUUGUUACACUCUAUGGACUCGAGGCGUGUCUCAAACUUAUCGGUUUCGGACUAAUCCGAUAUUUUAGUUCCGGUUGGAACAGAUUCGACUUUGCCAUAACCUGUUUGGCUAUUGUUGGCCUCAUAUUUACCGAAUCUAUGCGUUUGCCGUUUAGUUUUGUGUUUGUCCUGCGAUCCAUACGUUUCCURCGUCUACUACAACACACUGAUCGCUACAAAGAUAUUUUGGGUGCCUUUAUAUUCAUUAUUGUCAAACGUUUUAUCAGUCUAUCCAUUGUUGUCCUAAUUGUCUACUAUGUCUACGCCAUACUCGGUAUGGAACUGUUCGCUGGCUAUGAUCUGGAAAAUUGUUGCCGAAAUACAUCUAUUGAACAAUACUUUCACUUUAAUCCCAAUUCAACCGCAACAAUGAAUGGUUACUAUUAUCUCAACAAUUUUUCCAAUAUUGUUGUCAGUUAUGUUACGUUAUUCGAGUUAAUGGUUGUUAACAAUUGGUUUAUUUUGAUGGACGCCUACGUUAUACUGACCACUGACUGGAGUCGACUAUAUUUUAUGACAUUUUAUAUAAUGACUUUAAUGGUCAUCACUAUUGUCGUUGCAUUUGUUUUGGAAACAUUUCUGUUUCGUAUUCAAUACCGAUUCAAAACAGGAGAUAUCGAUAAGGACAUACAUAUAACAGUUGAACAGACAGUCAGUGCCGAAGAGUUGAGAUUUUGUGUGGAAACUAACGGUUCUAACACUACAAGUGGUCAAUCAUCGCGUAAUAUAUCGCAACUGUUGCGAAAUAGUCGCUAUUUUUUUCAAUCCCAGUCCCUGACGUCGAGUAGUAGUUCUAGUGGUGGCUCUGGAGGACAGGUAUAUAAGGGUACCAGAGCUCGAACCAAGUUUUCCUUAAGUCUGAACAUGUAUUGCGAUGAGAUUGUCGAUUGGAUUAAAAAAGCCGAUGAAGAAGAUGGACAACAACGACAACAACAACAGCUAAGAAAUCUACACUCUAUUAGUGGUGAUGACAGCAACAACAGACAACAGCCGUCCACUUCGGUUACCGAUUCGCAUAACAAUGAAUCUCACGGACGGUAUUCGCGAUUUACCCGUAGAGCUCUCUCAUGUGUUUCUUAAGCUGACGGACGACACGACACAACAACUAACAGUUAUUCAAAAACUUAAGAAAACUAUUAAUUAUUAUUAUUAUUAUUUUCUACUACUAUUAAUA